AUGUCGUCAGGCAAGAGGCUCCUCACCGUUUUCGGUGCUACCGGUCAACAGGGUGGCAGUCUGAUCCGUACUGUCCUCAAGACUCCUGCUUUGAGCUCCAGGUAUUCGCUUCGUGGCGUCACUCGCGACACUUCGAAGCCAGCUGCUCAGGACCUCGCCAAGCAAGGCGUCGAUGUCGUCCGUGCCAACCUCGAUGACGUCGCCUCGCUCAAGGAGGCACUCAAAGGUUCCUAUGGCGUGUUCGCCGUCACCAACUUCUGGGAGUCCAUGGACGGCGCCAAAGAGACGCAGCAAGGUCGCAACAUUGUCGAUGCGUCCAUCGCGACCGGCGUCAAGCACCUUGUCAUUUCCAGCCUGCACAACGUCAACAAGCUCACCAACGGCAGCCUCCAUGUUCCUCACUUUGACAGCAAGGCUGCCAUCGACGACUAUGCCGAGUCGGUACGACAAGACAAGAUCGAUAUCUCCUACUACCACCCAGCAUUCUUCCUCCAGAACUUUGACGGCAUGGCGCAAAAGGGCGAGGAUGGUUCCUACAGCAUCACCUUGCCCAUCAACCCUUCCACCAGAGUUCCUUUCAUCGAUGCCGUCGCAGACACGGGCAAGUGGGUCGCCAGCAUCUUCGAAGCGGGCGCGGUCGCCAAUGGUCAGAAGGUGCAAGCUGUCAGCUUUUGGUCCGAUAUGCAAUCCUUCAGCUCGGACCUCGGCAGCGCACUUGGUAAAAAGGUCACUUACAACAACGUCCCCGCCGACGUCUUCAAGAGCUUCCUGCCCGCGGCCAUUGCUGACGAACUUACCGAGAACAUGAAGCUCAUCGAUCAGUACAGCUACUACGGCAAGGACUCCGAAAAGGCGCAGCCGGAAAGCGACGCGUUGCUUCUCAAGGAUCUUCCGCUUGCUAGCGUAAAGUCGUGGGUCAGCACUUCCAAGCUGCAGUAG